CCUCCAGUUGACUGUUCUUCAUACAGCCUCCAGUUGACUGUUCUUCCCACAUACAGCCUCCAGUUGACUGUUCUUCCCACAUACAGCCUCCUGUUGACUGUUCUUCCCACAUACAGCCUCCUGUUGACUGUUCUUCAUACAGCCUCCAGUUGACUGUUCUUCAUACAGCCUCCAGUUGACUGUUCUUCCCACAUACAGCCUCCUGUUGACUGUUCUUCCCACAUACAGCCUCCGGCUGACUGUUCUUCCCACAUACAGCCUCCAGUUGACUGUUCUUCAUACAGCCUCCAGUUGACUGUUCUUCCCACAUACAGCCUCCUGUUGACUGUUCUUCAUACAGCCUCCAGUUGACUGUUCUUCAUACAGCCUCCAGCUGACUGUUCUUCCCACAUACAGCCUCCGGCUGACUGUUCUUCCCACAUACAGCCUCUAGUUGACUGUUCUUCAUUCAGCCUCCAGUUGACUGUUCUUCCCACAUACAGCCUCCGGCUGACUGUUCUUCCCACACACAGCCUCCAGUUGACUGUUCUUCCCACAUACAGCCUCCGGCUGACUGUUCUUCCCACAUACAGCCUCUAGUUGACUGUUCUUCCCACAUACAGCCUCCAGUUGACUGUUCUUCCCACAUACAGCCUCCAGUUGACUGUUCUUCCUACAUACAGCCUCCAGUUGACUGUUCUUCCCACAAACAGCCUCCAGCUGACUGUUCUUCCCACAUACAGCCUCCUGUUGACUGUUCUUCCCACAUACAGCCUCCAGUUGACUGUUCUUCCCACAUACAGCCUCCAGUUGACUGUUCUUCCCACAUAAAGCCUCCUGUUGACUGUUCUUCCCACAUACAGCCUCCAGUUGACUGUUCUUCCCUCAUACAGCCUCCAGCUGACUGUUCUUCCCACAUACAGCCUCCAGUUGACUGUUCUUCCCACAUACAGCCUCCAGUUGACUGUUCUUCCCACAUACAGCCUCCUGUUGACUGUUCUUCCCACAUACAGCCUCCAGUUGACUGUUCUUCCCACAUACAGCAUCCAGCUGACUGUUCUUCCCACACACAGCCUCCAGCUGACUGUUCUUCCCACAUACAGCCUCCAGUUGACUGUUCUUCCCACAUACAGCCUCCAGUUGACUGUUCUUCAUACGGCCUCCAGUUGACUGUUCUUCCCACAUACAGCCUCCAGCUGACUGUUCUUCCCACAUACAGCCUCCAGCUGACUGUUCUUCAUACAGCCUCCAGCUGACUGUUCUUCCCACAUACAGCCUCCAGUUGACUGUUCUUCCCACAUACAGCCUCCAGUUGACUGUUCUUCCCACAUACAGCCUCCGGCUGACUGUUCUUCCCACAUACAGCCUCCAGUUGACUGUUCUUCCCACACACAGCCUCCAGUUGACUGUUCUUCUCACAUACAGCCUCCAGUUGACC